AUGGCAGCGACAGACACUUUUGGAGAGCUGGGACUCUCCAUUAUCGGCGUGGGAGCUCAUUACCCACCCUAUGGGCUCAAACCAGUCGAGGUCGAGAAAUUGGGCGCGAAGCACUAUCCUGAGUCGCCGGCGAUGAUGAAAGUUCUAUCGAUCAACAGAUACACCGGAAUUGACACGCGCUCGAGUAUUGGGACCUCGGACCACCCCCUCGUCAACCAAAAAGACGCCCCCACGAUAGCCCAACUCCAUAAAACCUUCAUGUGCGAUGGUGUGCCCUUGGCCGUGGAAGCGUCGAAGAAAGCAAUAGCCGAAGCCCGAAUAGACGUCUCCCAGAUCACCCACGUCGUCGCAACGACCUGUACGGACAGCGCCAACCCCGGCUUCGAUCACUACGUGGUAAAACAGCUGGGCAUUUCACAUCAGGUCGAAAAGGUGCUGCUCCACGGUGUUGGGUGUAGUGGUGGUCUGGCGAUUCUCCGGACGGCAGCAAAUCUCGCCCUGGGCCACACUGCGCGGCGGAAACCGGCAAGAAUACUGUGCGUAGCUCUCGAAGUGAGCACCACCAUGGUUCGCAGCGAAAUGGACAGUAUCAAUGAGACGCAGGAGACACGGAUAGGUGUGUGCUUGUUCUCUGACUGUGGCUCGGCUGUGGUGCUCAGCAAUGGCGUUGGCCCGCAGACCGCACCACCGGUGUACGAUCUUCUUGGCUGGGACCACAGCAUAAUACCCAAUACAGAAGACAAUCUCGGAUUUGACGUGCAUCCAAACGGGUGGAAGGUCAUCCUCACCCCGCAAGUACCCAAGCUAGCGGCCGAAUCCAUGGCGCCCAGCUUUGCGAAGCUGGUCGGAAGCAUACCAGAGUUGCCCCAGGAGUACCGCGAUGCCGCAGAUUUCGACUGGGCAUUGCAUCCUGGAGGUGCGACGAUCCUUACCGGUGCUGAGCGAGCUUUGGGCAUUUCUUCUCAGCAUCUCCGGGCUAGCUAUACGGUGUACAUGGGCCAUGGGAACUCGAGUUCUGCCACUAUUUUCAGCGUCAUGCACACGCUCCGCGGUAAGGAUAUGGACAACAUCGCGCCUGAGGGCCGUGCCAAAGAUUUCGUGGUCGGGUGUGCAUUCGGGCCGGGAAUCUCAGUAGAGAUGUGUAUUUUAAAGCGGAAUAUGGGAGCCCGCAGGAUCAGCGGACUUAUCACCCCGCCGGAAACGGAUAGUGAGGGGAGUCGCAGCGGAGGCGAGGAAGAAGUCGAUUGGGCCAAUGCCGACCCGCUAGCUUCGAUCCCCGAAAGUCUUGCGUCAGCAGAACCCCACGGGACAGUCAGCACGGGUUUGCCAACAGACGACAAUUUCAUCAAUGAGGCAUUGGCUAGUGUUGAGCUGGACUGA